ACUGCUGUUGAAGAUAAACUCCAAAAUGGAGUCCCUGAUUGCAUUGACAAGCUUGCUCAAGCAGGAAUAAAGAUUUGGGUUUUGACUGGUGACAAAAUGGAGACUGCUAUCAAUAUUGGCUUCGCUUGUAGUUUGCUCAGACAAGACAUGAAGCAGAUCAUAAUCAACUUGGAGACCCCUGAAAUUCUAUCAUUGGAAAAAACUGGAGAAAAAGAUGCCAUUACAAAGGCAUCAAAAGAAAAUGUCUUGGCUCAGAUAAUUAAUGGAAAGACUCAGUUGAAGUAUUCUGGUGGGAACUCUGAUGCAUUUGCUUUAAUCAUUGAUGGAAAAUCACUUGCUUACGCGUUGGAUGAUGAUGUAAAGCACAUCUUUCUUGAGCUAGCUGUUGGUUGUGCGUCUGUCAUCUGUUGUCGUUCAUCACCAAAACAGAAAGCUCUGGUGACAAGACUAGUAAAAUCUGGAAAUGGUAAAACGACGUUAGCAAUUGGUGAUGGCGCUAAUGAUGUUGGAAUGCUUCAAGAAGCAGAUAUAGGCGUUGGAAUUAGCGGUGUGGAAGGAAUGCAGGCUGUAAUGUCCAGCGACAUUGCGAUUGCUCAAUUCAGAUAUCUGGAACGUUUGUUACUUGUCCAUGGACACUGGUGUUACAGGCGUAUCUCGACAAUGAUUUGCUACUUCUUCUACAAGAACAUUACAUUCGGUUUCACUCUCUUCUUAUAUGAAACAUACACAACAUUCUCAUCAACACCUGCCUACAACGACUGGUUUCUAUCUCUUUAUAAUGUCUUUUUCUCAUCCCUUCCGGUUAUUGCUCUUGGUGUCUUCGACCAGGAUGUCUCUGCACGGUAUUGUCUAAAGUUUCCGCUCUUAUACCAAGAAGGUGUGCAGAAUGUUCUAUUCAGCUGGCGCAGGAUACUUGGCUGGAUGUUCAACGGAUUCUACAGUGCAAUAAUCGUUUUCUACCUCUGCAAAAGUUCUCUCCAAUCUCAAGCUUUCAACCACGAUGGGAAAACUGCAGGAAGAGAAAUCCUAGGGGGGACAAUGUACACUUGCAUUGUGUGGGUUGUGAAUUUGCAGAUGGCGUUAGCUAUCAGUUACUUCACUCUGAUCCAGCACAUUGUGAUUUGGAGCUCCAUCGUUGUUUGGUACUUUUUCAUCACGGUGUAUGGAGAACUUCCAGCAAAUAUAUCAACCGGUGCAUAUAAAGUC